UAGUACUAUACAACUGCGACUUACCAUGAGCAUUUUCUGGAAUCGGCGACUAAACAAGAUCAACUCAAAACGCUGACAUUUUCGAUCCAUCAUCUUUCUCCAUAAAUCAGGUUUCUGGAACCUCUGUGAUUGAGUUGUGAUCACAAUUGCGGCCGCAUCAACAGCUUUUAGAAACUGAAUUGCCUUCAGUUUACAUGGGAGAGAGGGUGGAUAAGUCUAACAUGAGCAUGAGCUCUAAUUCUAAACAAAACAGUCUUAUCACUGGGAAAAAAACGUACCAAAAACAGUUGGUUGCAUCACGUCCUAAAGGCUUUGCACAGAGAUAUUGUGAACCCCUUGUUUCAUUGAGAGAUAGUGACUUUGGAAGCAGUGCUGUGGGGCGUGCCACAUUUUUUUUACUUAAAGUUGCUGCUUUAGAGACUGUAAGGAGGUUCUCCAAGAGUAGAUACCCAUGUUUGUGGCGAGGUCUGCAGGGUCUACAAAUCCUUGCCAUACCACCAUUUCAAUAUAUUCAGAGGUGGGCUGUCUUCAGGGGUUUGGUCAAAAGCAUGCAGGUACUAUCAAGACCAUUAUUAGUCCUUUCCAUUGCGACAGUCUUUACUGAAGAACUGGAAUGUAGUGAUGGAACCUCAGAUCAUCUUACUGACUCUCAUGAUUCAGAAGUAUCUGCAGCAGAACCAUCUCCUGUGCAGGAUAAUUUGAAUAUUAGUCAACCUGAGAGAGCUCCUGAAGUUUUAGAAUAUGAAAAAUGGUUGACUCAACUAAACCAAGAGCUGGAAAAUCAAGGGAUUUGUUUGCCAGAAAGAAUCAACGACGAUGAGCUCCACAGAUUUUACGCAGCUUCUAAUAAUGACUUUUCAUGCUUCCUUACCUCAAUCAAGAAGACAAUACGCUGGCGAGAGUGUUACAAAAUUCUUUCAGUAGAAGAGCUGGAAAUGUGGUCAAAUAUGGUGUUUUGGCAUGGAUCUGAUUUGUUGCACAGACCUUGUCUCAUUGUAAGGCUUGGGAUGGCUUGCAGCUCACUGGCCUCCCAAGAUAAACCUCGAUUUGCUCAGGCAAUUGUAUCACAGGUAGAAUAUGGUGUCUUGCGCUUAGUUGAUAGAGAGAACCCUCAAAUUACAGUAUUGGUUGACUGUGAAGGGUUAUCUCCAUUGAGAAUUCCCAUGCAAAUACUGAGAUCUUGUUCUUCCAUUCUGCAAGAUCAUUUUCCUAAUCGUCUUGGUUGUUUGUUUGUCAUAAGACUUCCCGCAAUUGCUCGUGUUAUUGCCCAGACUUUUAUUCAGGUUAUAAAGCCAGCUACUAAGAAAAAGUUGAAAAUUGAAGGAGAGAUGUACAAGAAGCUUCUUUAUGACUAUCUGCCGACACUACCAUUAUAUCUUGGAGGCCGCUGCACAUGCGAGAAAUGUUCUAAAAUGGUCAAUCACAAUAUGGUACAACCACAUGAAACUGGAACCAGCACCAGCAGGAUUGUUAGGGAGGAUGAUAUCAGUGACAACGAGGAUUCACCAUCACUACAUCCAUCUAUUGUAUUAGAUGAAAGUCAAAACAACAGCUAUGAUCAGUUGUUGAGAACUGCUGUCAUUAGUCUUCUCGUAUUUUGGGUUGUCGUAGCUCUUGGUGCUGGAAUGUAUGGACCCCCCGGUAUGUAAAAAUAGAUUGACCAAAUUAGUUUUAUUUCCUUAGUUUGAAUAAAUCUGUAGAAAACGCCUCUUGUAUGAUUUGUCUUUAGGAAUUAGGAGGCCGCACUUGUUUCAGAUUCUACAGAUAAAAGAUCUCCAGGGCUGCAAUAAAAAACAUUUGUUUGUGGGUUUUAUAAUAACUUCUCUUUUUUAAUGAUUAUAAUAAAAUCAUAUCA